AUGCUUCGUAGCUAUAUCAAAUUUGACGAACGCGAGUGGGAGCGUUUGCUUCCUCUAUUCGAAAUUGCCUAUAACACAACAAGUCAUUCAUUCAUUUUGCUGUCUCCCUUCGAGGUCAUGAUUGACGAGAACCCGUUGACUGCUGCGGACCUUCAUAUCGUAGGCGCGUUAGCUCCUACGCUCACUCCUCCGAUGACUAAGCUUUUCCAGCAGCUCUGCGACAGACCACAGAGUCACAUCCUGAAGGCGAAAUGGCAGCAGAAGUACUACCCAGACACACAGCGCCAAGCAGUGGAGGAGUAUGCGGUGAAAGAUAAGCUAGUUCCCCACCGCCCCCGCCCUCCCGCUUUGGUUCCCCCGGCAGCCGACGCCGCCUGGACUCCUAUCCACGAUGCAGCAGCCAAUCCCACAGAGGAAUACGAAGUUGACGAUAUUAUGGACCAACGCGGUUCGAGAGAUGCAGGCCAGUACCUCGUGAAGUGA